UCAAUCCGCCCGAGCCUGGCUGCAAUCGAGCUCAGAUUCUCGCGCCUGGCGACGGGCGCCCGCCUCUCGCUGCCAUCGACCCGGCCGCAUCAUGUCUCUCCCCAAUGGCCAUCACGCCUGGCAGCCUUCCGCCCUGCACUAUUCAACGGCGAAAAGGUCUCCGCCGACUCUUGAAGAUGGCCCGGCGCGGAAUGGGACCCCUAUCGACAACUCCAUGGCAUCGCUGCCUGAGGCAUCCGUCGAUAUCGAGGAUGACCGACGUCGCUCCCAUUUCAGGGACAUCUUUCGCGACAGUGAAUCGAGGAUAGCUGUGCUCUUUGCUGAUGAUGGAUCUUAUAACCACCCUGCUAUCGAUGCGCUGAGGCGCCAACCCGCCGCCUCGACCACCCUUCCCCCCCCCGCCACCGACCACACCCCAAUACAAGAACCCCCCUUGAAGAAGGCCAAACGGGUCAUCGAUGAAGAUGACUACGGAGACGAUGACGAGGAUGACGACGGCGAUGACGAUGAGCGAAGCGAGAAAGCACAGGAGUCGAAUGCGCCCAAGGCGAAAAGUACCUCCGCUGCCGCCCCCGGUAUGCUCCCGAGCCCUUCCAAAUCCGGCAGUUCGCCAGUCCGUUCCGUAAGCUCCCCCGGCAAGAUGCCCGUCGAUAAACAGAGACAACCGGACGGGCCACAAGAACAAGAAAAAACGAGCGAAGAUGCGCGAAAGCAGUUAGAGGACGCGCGCAAUGCGACCGAGGAGGCGGCGCGUCGUAGCUUUUACACCCUCUUCUACACCCUAGAGAACGAUAAAACGGCCAUGUUAGAGCAGCAACAACUCGAAGAAUCCGAGAAGCAGCUGCAAGCCGAGAUGGCCAACAAUGCCAACCAGAACAACGCCAAUGGCAGCCAGUCGGGGAACCACGGGUCUCUGAGCAACGCCAACCUGGGCGCGUCCAGCCUGACGCUGAAGCACCUGAUUGCCCGCAUCGACUUGAAGCGCGACCAGGUACGCGCGUCUGAUGCCGAGCUACGGUCCCUGAUGAACGAGGUCCGCAAAAACCGAAGUAAAUGGGCCAGCGAAGAGAACGUCAACCAAGAAGAGCUGUACGAGGCCCUCGACAAGGUCCUCACAGAACUCAAGGCACACACAGAAUAUUCCACGCCCUUCCUGCAGCGAGUGAACAAACGAGAUGCGCCGGAUUAUUACCACUACAUCAAGGAACCCAUGGACCUGGGCACGAUGACCAAGAAGCUUAAGCUGCUCAACUACAAAUCGAAAGCCGACUUUGUCUACGACCUGAAUCUGAUAUGGGAUAACUGUCUCAAGUACAACCAGGAAGCCUCCCAUCCCCUUCGUCGCAUGGCGAAUGGAAUGAGGAAAGAGGCGGAGAAGCUCAUCCCUCUGAUCCCAGACCUCGUCAUUCGGCCUCGUGCCGAGGUGGAAGCCGAAGAGCGCCGCAAGCAGAAUGGCGGCGAAGAGGACGGCGGCGAGGACUCUGAUGACGAGCCCAUCAUGUCAUCUCGCGGUCGCACGGCCGGCACCAAAGGGGCAGCCAAGUCACGGAAACAGCACUCGGACCAGAAGGAAGACACGCCGAACGUGGACCAGAAGCCCCUCUUCCAUCUGAACGGCGUGUUAACAAAGCAGAGAGAAGGGUCGGAGGCCGUGGACGGUAGUAACGGCUUUGCCACCCCUCCCAUCGGCGGCUCUAUCACACCGAGCCUCGCCAACGCUCAGUCCGUGGGGGGCGGCAGCAACAGCAACGUCGACGCCAUGGAUAUCGAUGGCGCCUCCUUGAAUGGUAUGGCCCUUGGACAAGCCAUCAACGAGGCGGCCGACCAGGUCUACGAAGACGACGAGUACAAGUUUUGGAAGCAAGUCACUAAGAAGGACCGGGCUCUCAUUGCCAAGGAACGACAUGCUCUCUUCAAGGAUAACAAGCUCAACAUGGAUGCUCCCGCGCUCCUACGUACCAAGGCGGGCAUACGGCGCUACUUACGAGGUCAAAAGGAGGCGGCGGCCCAUGGCAUCAUUAAGCAUUCCCAGGCGGACCUGUCCGCUAUCGCUGCGAAGGAUGCGCCCAAUCCGGCCGAGACGCUUGCUGAGGGCAUGGAGGGCGAAGAGGAGAGGGUGGUCCCCGAUUAUUACGAGCCACUGACCGUCAUUCCUGACAUCAAUCCCAGGCUGCAGUGGAUUGAAGAUGGCGAAGGCCAAGUGAUCAACCAACACGAGGAGUUCCUCCGUUUGAUCCCCGAAGGUCAAUUCGUCGCACCAAAGAGCAAACUGACUGCCAAGAUCGAUGCCAAUAUUCGACAGAUUCAAGAGACGAGGAAAUUGGCGAGUAGGAUUGGUGUCAUUAAACAGAUGCAAACGCAAACUCAGGUUUACACCAAUCAGUUCCCCAAGUCCACUUUCGAGUCGUUCAUCGAGCAGGAUAUUGAGCCCUCGUUCAUCUCCGAUGACGGACCGGUCAUUGCACCCGAGACCUGCCAUAACGCGCUUCAACGCUCAGUGGCUAAGAUCCUCUACCACAACGGAUUUGAGGAGCUACAGCCCUCCGCCGUCGACGCCCUGACAAGCAUCGCGGCAGACUACUUCCACAAGCUUGUCCGGACCUUUAACGUUUUCCGGGAAGCGGAGAAGAAGGAGGCUGUAGGCCCUCGCCCUGACGGCUCUCGGUUCCAACUGCGGUUUAGUCCCGAGGAAGUGAUCCUGCACACGCUGGACGAGAACGGCUGCGAUAUCGGGAGCCUGGAGUCCUACGUCAAGGACGAGCUCGAUAGGUUAAGCUCGAAGCUGGGCGGCAUUCACGAACGAAUGAAACUCCAUCUUACCGAGCUGCUUCGUCCGGCGCUGACCCAGGACGCCGGGCAGGACGGCGCGGGUGCGUUCAACGACGGCAGCGAGCAGUUCAUCAGCGGAGAUUUCGCGGAGGAUCUCGGCGAAGAUUUCUUCGGAUUCAAGUCGCUUGGCUUGGACAGGGAACUGGGUCUCGACAUGCUCUCGGUGCCCCUCCAUCUCCUCCAGGCGCGCGUCCGGAACCAGUACCAGAUGCAGACCCAGGCCGUGGGCACGACCGCGACGCAGUUGCUGGAGUCCCUCCCCAGUCUCGAGCCCGUUACCAAGGAGAACAUCCAUGAUCAGAUUGGGCUUGUCAAGAACUUCUUUCUCGCCAAGCUGCACGCCAACGGUGACAUGCCCUUGGUCGAGGACGAGGAUCUCCCGGUUAAACAGAGGAGGCCCAGACCUCGCCUGGGUGCGACGGGCAAGAUCGUCUCGCCGCCCAAGAGGCCGCCCCGAGAGCAGAUCGCGCUGGCGAAGAAGAAGAAGAAGCUGGAAUCUGGCCUGGCGCAAAUAACCGAUGGCAAGGGCGCUCCCGCUGCCGGGGGGCCAUCGACGGAGAAGAGCGCCACCUUGUCGCCGUCCAAAAAGAAGAGCCUGUCUAGCGCGACUGGUAGCGGACCAAACACGGCGAGCCUUUCCGUUGCGCCCAGCAUGGAGCGCAUGGGUAGCAUGCAGAGCCUGGGUAACACCAGCCAGGCGACGGACAAGGAUGACGGCGGCUCGGAGAGCUUGGAGAGGUAGCAUUUGUUCCUUUCUCUAUUUGCCUCUUCCUUCUCUCUCUCUCUUUCUGGCACCGGUUACGACGUACAGCGCUGCUAUGAUCGCCCCAUUGGCGAUAGCCAGCACCAGGGCUCGAACUUUCCUAUCUCACCAAUCCCCCUGUACCAUCAAUUUACCUUUUAUGGCGCUGCGACCUCUAAGCUCUCUUGACGUUUGAUUUGUGGCUUAACAGGGCAACUUUUCGAUCAUGAGCGAGGUCUUUCGACCUUCUUUUUUUUCUUCUUUUUUUCU